AUGGACUCUUCGACCACCUCGCGCUCUAAAGGUGUCAAUGGCACCCAUCUUGCUGCUGUCCUUAUUCUGUUGUUUGAACAGGAGGGAUCGUUAUGGGUGCUCCUGACGACGCGGUCGAAGCAUCUCCGGAGCCAUCCGGGUCAGACAGCUCUGCCAGGGGGAAAGGUAGACCCCGGGGAGAAGGAUCCCUUUACCACAGCUAGACGAGAAGCCUUCGAAGAAUGCGGGCUGCCUCUGUCCCAUCCUGCCAUCCAGGACAUCACCCUGUUGCCUCCAUUUCUUUCUCAAUACAAGCUCAUUGUGACACCAUGUGUUUCACUCCUAACCGAUCUGCAUGUGCUUGACACGCUCAUUCCAAACGUGGGAGAGGUGGACCAUUGUUUCUUCCAUCCCCUUGCAGCAGUGCUUGAUCCCAGCGUCAUGAUAGAAGAAACUGUUGCCGACAAAGGCAGCGAGGACUGGCCAUACGAGGAGGAACAUCAUAAUACAAGCGAUCGUGCCUGGUUAUGGGAUUCCGUGUACCGCAUGCACAGAUUCCGCAGCUCCCACACGCCCGUCAAAGGUCUCACAGCGGACAUCCUUCUCCUGACCGCCGAAAUUGCUUAUCAUCGAAAACCUGUCUUUCAGCGGUACGCCCCGAAUCAAGUGAUACCCUAG